CGGGGCGGAGGGAGGAGCCUCCCCCGCCGAGCGGGCGGGGCCGAGAGCCUGCCCGGGGAUCUGGAGCGCGAGCGGCGCAGGAGCCGCGGCCGGUUCGGCGGCGCUUCCAGGCCGAGCGGAGGCGGCGCAGAAAGAAACACUCCAUGCUAAUCUUUUUAUACAAGCAUCCUGAAGAAACGUCACUCCUGUCCUCACAUUUAUUGAAUGCAUACUAUGGAACAUGAGGGAGAAGAUGAAGCGCGGCCCACGUCAUCACCCAUGUACCAUGUGGAGAGACAAGUGUACAAUCAAGGGAUCCUGCAUGGGCAGCUGCACACAAAGGACAAAACAACUCAGCCUCUUGGCCAAAAGAUAGCGCACGCUCUUCGCUGUUCUUCCAAAAAAGCCAAAUCGGUCCUCUAUAGCUUUUUCCCGAUUUUAACAUGGCUUCCUCACUAUCCCGUGAAAGAAUAUUUGAUGGGAGACGUGGUCUCGGGGAUCAGCACGGGGGUCAUGCAGCUGCCUCAAGGAUUGGCGUAUGCGUCACUGGCUGCAGUUCCUCCAGUGUUUGGCCUGUAUUCUUCAUUUUUUCCAGUCUUUCUAUAUACAUUUUUUGGAACUUCCAGACAUAUAUCAAUAGGAACCUUUGCUGUAAUCAGCCUGAUGAUUGGCGGAGUAGCUGUGAGAGAAGUCCCCGAUGAAUGGCCUGGCAUGACGGAGACCAACUCGACCAAUGGGACCGACGCCCGAGAUGCUAUGCGGGUGAAAGUGGCGGUGGCGGUCACCUUGUUGUCAGGUCUUAUACAGUUGUGUUUAGGACUCCUUCGUUUUGGAUUUGUAGCCAUCUACCUGACGGAGCCCCUGGUGCGUGGAUUCACCACUGCUGCAGCCGUGCACGUGUUUACCUCUCAGCUGAAAUAUCUGCUUGGGAUUAAUAUCAAACGAUUCAGUGGCCCCCUGUCUGUUCUUUACAGCUUGAUUGAGGUGUUCUCCAAUAUCACCAAAACCAACAUGGCCACUUUAGUCAUUGGGCUCAUCUGCAUCGUUCUGCUGCUGGGCGGCAAAGAAAUCAAUGACCGUUUUAAGAAAAAGUUGGUGGUUCCGAUUCCGCUGGAGAUCAUUGUGGUGGUCAUCGGGACGGGAGUUUCAGCUGGAAUGAAUCUGUCCAAGACUCACAACGUCGAUAUUGUUGGGAACAUUCCUAGUGGAUUAUCCCGUCCUCAAAUCCCUGACGUCAGCUUAAUCCCAGCAGUGUUUGUGGAUGCCAUUGCUAUAGCUCUUGUCGGGUUCUCCAUGACCAUCUCAAUGGCUAAAAUCUUUGCUCUCAAGCACGGCUACACAGUGGACGGAAAUCAGGAACUCAUCGCGCUGGGCAUCUGUAAUUCCACCGGAUCCUUUUUCCAGACGUUUGCCGUCACCUGCUCCAUGUCUCGGAGCCUUGUUCAGGAAGGCACUGGAGGGAAGACCCAGAUUGCAGGAACUCUGUCCUCAAUUAUGGUUUUCUUGGUGAUUAUAGCCAUUGGUUACCUCUUUGCACCUUUGCCACAGACUGUGCUGGCAGCGAUUGUGAUGGUCAACCUGAAAGGCAUGUUCAGACAGUUAGCAGAUAUUGCCCACUUUUGGAGAACCAGCAAGAUUGAACUGGCCAUUUGGAUUGUAGCUUUUCUUGCCUCAGUGUUUCUGGGCCUGGAUUACGGUCUGCUCACCUCGGUCACCUUCGCAGUGGUCACCAUUGUGUACAGGACCCAAAGUCCCCAAUAUAGAAUCCUUGGCCAGAUUCACAACACGGAUAUUUAUUGUGAUGUGGACCUGUACACAGAGGUAAAAGAAUGUCCCGGCAUUAAAAUAUUCCAGGCAAAUGCACCGCUCUAUUUUGCCAACAGUGAGUUAUUUAUCAGCGCGUUGAAAAAAAAGACUGGUGUGAAUCCGAGUAAAAUAUCUGCAGCAAAGAAAAAAGCACGAAAGCGACACGCCAAAGAACUGAAGCGGCUGGAUGAACAACGGAAGAAAGCCAUCUUGAAGUUGGCGAACGACAUGGAGCGCGGCAUGAAGCACGAAGUGUUGGAAAAUGACGUCUCCCUCAAUGGGAAAUUCUCAGCAGCCGAAGAAACUCCACAAAAUGUCUCUCCGGAGGAAGUGGAACAUUUUAUGAUACCAGGAAGCCAGGUCCACUCCAUCAUUCUAGAUUUUUCCCCCGUGAACUUUGUGGAUUCAGUUGGAGCCAAAGCCCUUCAGUCAAUUAUAAAAGAAUAUGAAGAAAUCGGGGUGUCGGUCUACAUAACGGCCUGCAAUGGCUCUGUUAUGGACAACCUCACCAGAUUGAAUUUUUUUGAGAAAACAGCCUUAUGGGACUUGUUCUUCCCCAGCGUUCACGACGCCGUCCUGGCCAGCCAGGCGAUUGGCUUCUCUUCCACCUAUCUUUAACUCAGCUACUCCAUUGUGAACUACGUGGAUCUAUUUCCAAGGGCUCCUGUAGACAACUUAUUUAAUUUGCGCAGAUGACAGAGCCUAGACAAGCCACUCCUACGGGUAAGAUGUGUCUGCACUGCACCGCACCGCAUCAACCUGUUCCCUGCCAGCCCUGGGUUCGAAGACUCCAGAAGCCUUAAUCUUUUCAAACGUUGUCACUGAAUUCAAAAGUCGUUGAUGGAAGCGUGGGAUAAAUGCAAAGAUUAUUUGUAGAGCGCGUGAAUGUUUUGUCUGUUUUGUUGUGUACGUUUGGCAGUGUUUUUGUUUUGAGUUAGCUUGCCGGAAAAUAUUAAUAUUAUUUUAACAGUGUCUUCCUGACAUGAAUUGGAGUGACUGUUGAAAGGAGCUGUUGUAUGUGUGAUUAUGUAUUGUGUGUUUGUGUGUGUGUGAGAGAGAGCUCCUCUAACUUGAAAUGCAAACCAUUUCCAGAUUUUCGAUGCAACGCCAUUUCCAGAUGCAGAAAUCAGUGCUUUUUCAUUUGAUGACUACUAAGAGAAGCAUAAACAUUUUGUUUCGAACGAGCCCUUUAGCUCUAUUUUAUUUUAAAUUAUUACGACUCCAGAGUUAACAGAUCAUUUUCACGUUAAGGAGGUUUACUGUACUGAUCCAAUGCUAACUAACCUUAAGCAAGGUGCAUUUAAAAUUAGCUGGGAAAUGAACAAUACAUAAUGCACCUGCUUAGGGGGAAAAGAGAGAACAUAGCACCCAAAAUCUACUUUUUUACACUUAAAGCUAGCUGGGUACAGUUACUACAGUUACAGUUACAGCUAGCUACGAAUUGUCUGGAAAGAAAGGGGGGAAAAAAUGAAGAAAUGGCAUUUUCCAAAGUAGAGUAUCCUGCUCGGUGUAUUUUCUGCGCAGUGACGUAUUUUUAAGUCACAAAAAGAUUGUUCCGAAAAAUCUCAUGAUGGCACUCCUGAGGCAGUUGGCUUUCUUGAGACAAUUCUCAACGCAGUGUGGGAUCGGUGAACAAGCCUAACAAUUUAAGUUGUCGUGUCCAGCGGUGGGUUGCAAAAGGGACAAAUUUGUUGUAUUGCGUAGCACGCAGCUGGAUGCCCUAUGCAGUUUUGGUUCAAUUGUGCUUCCUCUCAGGUAAGUAAAUACAGGGUUGGGACAUUGCCACCACAUCACCGAAAAAUAAAAAAAAAAAUGGAGGAAUUUGAUUUCUCCAACUUUACUAAAUAAGCCUUAAGCAUCCAGGGGGGUUUCUCCCCCCACCCCCUCCACAGUUCCUGCCUUUCUGCUAAUGUUGCCAAACCCUUACUUGUCCUGUUGUUAGAAUAUUGUGAGAUAAAUCUGGUUUUUCUUCCGUGGGUAUGUUUAAACCAGAGGAUAUUGGUGUAUCUGUGGAAGGCUGUUUACAUUUGUUUCUUUUAUAUCUUCAAUUUUGAAGCAAAUAUUGAUAACUGAACUCGGUCCAUCGCAAGCGGUUUCUUUUAGCAUCGAUUUGCAAACUUACAGAAGUUUCUGGAAAAUAAAACUUUUUAAGCUAUUCGGGUCAUCCCUCCCGCACUCUGUAAUAAAAAAGUUAAUUAUGCUGUACAAAGGCUGUAGGACUCUGAUGCUCUGCCUUUUUCGUAUUAUAUUUAAAAGAAACUAGCCUUUGGCAGCUGAUGUGACUUGCUAGGGUUACGUAAGACUGCACUGUGAAUCCUGAUCUCUCUGCAACGUAGACCGUGACUUUUAUUUAAUGGGUGAGAUUGCAUUUAAGACAAUAUAUUCUAUCCACCGCCCACUGUGGCAAAGCCUUGUUGCAUUUUAUAACCGUUUCUUUCAGAUAGGAGUCAAAAGUUAAAACCUCUAAUAAAAAGAUAAAUCUUGAAAUUUCA